UGGCGCGCUAAAAAGAUAUUUAACACCCUUGGAUGAAUGAGAAUCAUUAAAGUUACUGCAACAACAUGCUCACCUUGGUUGCCGUUCUUCUUGCUUUUCCUGCUCUCAUCCAAGGUUGCGGGAAUCGUCCCGCGGGUGCGCGUGUGGUCAAUGGCCAAGAUGCCGCACAACAUUCAUGGCCUUGGCAGAUUUCUCUUCGUGUUCGUGGCAGACAUAUUUGUGGUGGUACUCUGAUCAGACCAGACUGGGUUCUUACUGCGGCUCACUGUGUUGAUAGAAACCCUGUACCCAGCGGCUACACCGUGGUAGUAGGUGGUCACAGAAGACGAGGAACUACAAGCGUCCAGCAGACGUUUAACCUAAAGAAGCUUAUCAAGCACUCUGGCUUCUCUAUGCAGAACCUGAAGCAUGACCUUGCUCUUCUGCAGCUCGAGAGACCUGUCAGCUUGAGUGAUAAAGUGAAUGUAGCGUGUCUCCCGACAGCAGAUGCAAUCGUUGGUUCAAAGUGUUACAUCACAGGAUGGGGUCGCACAAGUGGCGGAGGACCUUUACCAGACAUCCUUCAACAAGCCAUGCUACCAGUCGCUUCUCAUUCAGACUGCAAGGCAAAGUACUCCAUCGCAGAUGCUAAGGCUCAUCUAUGUGCAGGGGAAGCCCGAGCAGCCGCGUCUGGUGGAUGUAAUGGUGACAGCGGCGGGCCCUUCGUCUGUGAGGAAGGAGGACGAUGGGUGGUACACGGAGCUGUUAGCUUCGGCAAGAGAAACUGUCCAACAACACACUACACUGUCUUUGCAAGAGUCAACAGCUAUCUGGACUGGAUUAACAACAACAUUGGUGGAUCACCCACAGGAGGACCACCGACACCACCACCACCACAAACACCUCCACCUCCUACCCAAGAACCUCCACCUCCUACCCAAGCACCUCCACCACCAGGAUGCCAAGAUAAGUGGGGUACACGUAUGUGUCAACUCUACAAGAAGUACGCAUGCUCACAUCCAGCUAUAAGGAACUUAUGCAAACGAACAUGCAAUUUAUGUUAAACCAGAGCAACAGAAAAUGUUCAACAUCUGGAUGAAACUAUAGUAACAAUAGACAAAUAAAAAGAAUUCAUCGAAUCGA